AUGAAUUCAUUCCGUUCGGUAUUCCAACGAAUCUUUGGAAUUCAAUCAAUUUUUAUCAACACCUUCUUGAUCCUCCUGAUUCGGAAUCGAUCCCCAAGUCAGCUUGGUACCUACAAGUACAUGAUGCUCUACAUCUCGGUCAUUGAAAUAUUUUACACAAUGAUUUGCUGGCCCGCCGAGCCCGUCGUUCAUUUGCGCGGCUCCUCAUUCCUUGUCCUAAUGAGCACAAGGGGCUCCAUCUUCAGUCAUGAAGUUAACAAAUACGUAUUAGCUGUUUAUUGCGGCUUCUACGGCUUCUCGCUGGCCUUAUUUGGGGUUCAUUUCAUCUAUCGGUAUGGCUCAAUUCGACGACGGACCCGUGACCGAUAUUUCGAGAGUCGAUUCGCUAUAAUAUGGUUCUUGAUUCCCGUCGUUUUUUGCCUAAUUUGGACAGUGUCGUGCUUGAUAUUCAUUUCGGAAUCGGACGGGAUGACGAAUUUUAUCAGGAACAGUGUUCUCGAGAACUUUGACUUGUCGAUGAAUGACGUUGUCUACGUUGGUCCCUAUUUUUACCCGCUCGAUGAGAACGGCACCCCAUAUUUGAACUACUCGUCCGUUUGCGGGAUGUCAAUUCUUCUAGCGUUGGUGAUUCCAUCGAUCGCCUGCAUCGUGUACUUUGGCGUUCGGUGCUACUCGAAGAUAUUCGCGUCGGUGAACGUGUCGGGCUACGCGAAACGCCUUCAACUCCAAUUGUUCUACGCGCUCGUGUUUCAGGCCACCGUUCCAGUGCUUCUCAUGUACAUUCCAUUGCUCAUCAUCUUCACCUUGUCGCUGCUCGACGUCGAACUCCCAUUUCUCGCCACCACCUACUCGAUGUUGAUUGCUUUGUAUCCGGCGUUGGACCCGCUUCCUUCGAUCUUCAUCAUUGACAGCUAUCGGGCAGCUUCAAUUGGUGAGCAAUCUAUGUGCAAACGAUUCUACAGGCAUUCAGAACUCUUCAACAAACUUUUUUCACUGUUGAAGUCAAUAUAA